GAGGCAACAUCCUCUGGCUCAAGCGAGGGGAAACUGGCCUCACUGAAACUCUCUACUCUGCAACAGGUAACACCCCAACUCCAAACCUCUGUGCCAAUGCUCAAAAUCUCCAAUCACUGCUUUCCACUUUUGGAUCCUCUUGUCAGGAAGUAUCUCUUGGGAUAGUAUUCUAGGCACAUUCCACCCUGCCUGAGCUAAGGAUUUGCCAACGGACCUGACGAGAGAGGUGUAAUAUUUUUCCUCUGUCUCUCCUGACAAAGUGGGAAAGGAACAGAAAGCACAAAACAAGACAAAAUCACUUUUAAAAAAGGGACGGGAAAAGAAGAGAAAAAGGGAAGAAUGAUGGAACUGACGAUCCAACUAAUCCCAACAGGGGAAAUCAUCCUUUCUCCGGGGAAAAAUGGCGAAAACUACUGCCACAACUGCAAGGUGGUGGCUAGUGACGGGGUGCGGGCUAUGAUGGAGUCGGCCCUGACAGCCAGAGACCGAGUGGGCGUGCAGGACUUUGUCCUGCUGGAGAACUACACCAGCGAAGCCGCCUUCAUAGAGAACCUGCGCAAGCGCUUCAAAGAGAACCUUAUUUAUACUUACAUUGGUUCAGUGCUGGUGUCAGUUAACCCAUACAAAGAGCUAGAGAUCUACACCAAGAACCACAUGGAGCGAUACCGUGGGGUCAACUUCUACGAGGUCUCACCACAUAUCUAUGCAGUGGCAGACAACUCAUACCGUUCCAUGAGGACAGAGAGGAAGGACCAGUGCAUCCUGAUCUCUGGGGAGAGUGGAGCCGGGAAGACGGAGGCAUCCAAGAAGAUCCUGCAGUACUAUGCCGUCACUUGUCCAGCCAGCGAGCAGGUGCAGACCGUCAAAGACCGCCUGCUGCAGUCCAACCCUGUGCUGGAGGCCUUUGGCAAUGCCAAGACGUUGCGUAACGACAACUCAAGCCGCUUUGGCAAGUACAUGGACAUUCAGUUUGACUUCAAGGGUGCCCCGGUGGGAGGCCACAUCAUCAACUACCUGCUGGAGAAGUCCCGCGUGGUCCACCAGAACCACGGAGAGAGAAACUUCCACAUUUUCUAUCAGCUGAUUGAGGGAGGGGAGGAAGACCUGCUGAGACGCCUGGGCCUGGAGAGGAACCCACAGCAGUACCAGUACCUGGUCAAAGGUAACUGUCCCAAAGUGAGCUCCAUUAAUGACCGCAGUGACUGGAAGGUGGUGAGGAAAGCCUUGACUGUGAUUGGCUUCAACGAGGAUGAGGUGGAGGAGUUGUUGAACAUAAUUGCCAGCGUGCUCCACCUGGGAAACGUGCAGUAUGGCGGAGAGGAGGGCAAUGCCUGCAUCACCUCUGACACACAGAUAAAGUAUCUGGCCAGGUUGUUAGGAGUGAAUGGAACAGUGCUGACUGAGGCACUCACACACAAGAAGAUAAUUGCCAAGGGAGAGGAGCUGAUGAGUCCGUUGAACCUGGAACAGGCAUCUUCUGCUCGGGAUGCUUUGUCCAAGGCAGUGUAUGGACGCACCUUCACCUGGCUGGUUAACAAGAUCAAUGCCUCACUGGCAUACACGGAUGAUUCCUACAAGCACUACUCUGUCAUUGGCUUGUUGGACAUCUAUGGCUUUGAGGUCUUCCAACACAACAGUUUUGAGCAGUUCUGCAUCAACUACUGUAAUGAGAAACUGCAGCAGCUCUUCAUUGAGCUCACCCUCAAGUCUGAGCAAGAGGAGUACGAGGCUGAAGGCAUCACGUGGGAGCCGGUGCAGUACUUCAACAACAAGAUCAUCUGUGACCUGGUGGAAGAAAAGUUCAAAGGCAUCAUCUCCAUUCUGGAUGAGGAGUGUCUGAGGCCUGGAGACGCCAGUGAUACCACCUUCCUAGAGAAGCUGGAGGACACUGUGGGAGGACACCCACACUUUGUCACUCACAAGCUGGCUGAUGGAAAGACCCGUAAGGUAAUGGGCCGUGAUGAAUUCAGACUGCUGCAUUAUGCUGGAGAAGUCAACUACAAUGUCAACGGAUUUUUGGAUAAGAACAACGACCUGCUCUUCAGAAACUUAAAAGAGGUUAUGUGUAUGUCAGAGAACAAGAUCCUGACCCAGUGUUUUGACAGGGAGGAGCUGAGUGACAAGAAACGCCCAGACACAGCAGCCACCCAGUUCAAAGCCAGUCUGGCGAAACUCAUGGAGAUCCUCAUGUCCAAGGAGCCGUCGUACGUCCGCUGCAUCAAGCCCAAUGACUCCAAGCAAGCAGGUCGGUUUGAUGAGGUGUUGAUCCGUCACCAGGUCAAGUAUCUGGGACUGAUGGAGAAUCUGAGGGUGAGGAGAGCUGGCUUUGCUUACAGACGACGCUACGAGGUCUUCCUGCAGAGAUAUAAGUCCCUGUGUCCAGACACGUGGCCUAACUGGCAGGGGAAACUGGCCGAUGGAGUGGCUACUCUGGUCAAACACCUGGGAUACAAGCCAGAGGAAUACAAACUGGGCAGAUCCAAAAUCUUCAUCCGUUUCCCAAAGACCUUAUUUGCCACUGAGGAUGCACUAGAGACCAGGAAACACAGUCUUGCCACCAAGCUACAGGCAGGAUGGAGAGGCUACAGCCAGAAGUCCAAAUACCAAAAACUCAGAACUGCAGCAAUUGCCAUCCAGGCGUGGUGGAGGGGAAUCCUGGCCCGGAGGAGGGCCCAGCGCAGGCGUCAGGCUGCUGAUACUAUCCGCAGGUUCAUCAAGGGCUUCAUCUACCGCCACAAGGAGCGCUGUCCAGAGAACGAGUAUUUCCUGGAUUACGUUCGCUACUCCUUCCUCAUGAAGCUGCACAGGAACCUGCCCAAGAACGUCCUGGACAAGAGCUGGCCGACACCUCCAGCAGCUCUCACUGAGGCAUCAGAACAUUUGCGUAAGCUGUGCAUGCAGAACAUGGUAUGGAGCUACUGCAAGAAGAUCAGUCCUGAGUGGAAACACCAGAUGGAGCAGAAGAUGAUCGCCAGUGAGAUCUUCAAGGACAAGAAGGACAACUACCCACAGAGCGUGCCCAAACUGUUUGUCAGCACAAGACUCAAUGGUGAGGACAUCAACCCCAAGGUGCUGCAGGCUCUGGGCACUGAGAAGAUGAAGUAUGCAGUGCCAGUCACCAAGUACGACAGGAAGGGCUACAAAGCUCGGCCCCGCCAGCUGCUCCUCACCAGCAGCAGUGCCGUUAUUGUAGAGGAGGCCAAACUCAAGCAGCGCAUCGACUACGCAGCUCUGAAAGGGAUCUCAGUCAGUUCUCUCAGUGACGGCCUGUUUGUUCUGCACGUGCCCAGUGAUGACAACAAACAGAAGGGAGAUGUAGUUCUGCAGAGUGACCAUGUGAUUGAGACCUUGACCAAGAUCGCAAUCUGUGCUGACAAAAUCAACAGCAUCAACAUCAACCAGGGCAGUAUAAAGUUUACAGUGGGUCAGGGGAAGGAGGGGAUCAUAGACUUCACACCUGGAUCAGAACUACUGGUGGCCAAGGCAAAGAAUGGACACUUGUCUGUGACGGCUCCCAGACUGAACUCCAGAUGAUGGCCACACAUGCGCACAAACACACACACCAGGACCUACGUACUCCUGACCUCUCCCAUCCUCCAAUCACAUGACUGCAGACCCUGUCUCUGCCUAAACCAAUCAGAUGCCAGCUGUCACUACACAGGUGGCAUGUGCUUCCAAUUAAAAAAAAUCCAGCAAAACUAAUUGAUAUAUUUAUGUUUAUAUAUUAUAUUUUUGGGAUUAAUACUGUUGCUGUUUGAAUAUUCUGAUUUUAUAUAUGAGGCCAAGGAAUAACAAAUAUUUUGGUGCAUUUUCUGCACCAUGCGUGUUUAUUGUGCUUUAUUUGAGAUCAUGACCAAGAACAGGACGAGGGAAGAGUCAGAAUUAGAGACAACAAUGAGAAGAAGAUUGUUGUUAAUGAAAAUCAGGGUUGGUUGUUGCUUGUUGCCUCCUUUCUCUCUGUUUAUCUUCUCUGCUUGAUUAAAAGACUUGAUUGUCUUGCUGACCCUGCUUUUCUAAUUGGGGCGAAUGACUUGUCAUUGAAGCAUAAAGGUGUGUAGAACAAGGCUGAUAGUAUGUAGGGUAGCUGUUGAGAGGUUCAGGGAUGAGGCAGAAUAACUUUGAAAUCAAAUGGUGAUGCUUUGGCACAAAAAGGCUGAAGACUGUCGGUCAGACUGGCCCACUAAAUCAAAAGUAAUAGUUGGAUAUACUACUGAGUAGAUUUCUGUGUUUGUACAGUGUUUGAAUGAGUAGGAAGCUGACUGUGGGAUUCACUACAUGAAAUAAUCAGCAUGUCCUGUAAACACUGCAAAAGUGAACAAAGUAAGUGAGGAGGUGUGUGAGGAAAGGGAAAGAGAAAGGUGAAAAGAGAGAUGAAAGAGAGCAGCAGUCGUUUGCCUCGACACCAGGUGCUUGUGCCUUUCUCCUUGACUAAUUUAUUCUUGACUAAGUUUAAGAGCUGUAUAUUGAUGUAUGAAAACCAUGACGCUCAACACAAGAAUGAGUCGAGUUAAGCUGUAGAUAGAAAUCCAUCAUCCUCUGACUGAGUGUUGUACCAGCUGCAGCUGCCUGCACAGCUAGACUUCCCUUGUUCAGAACCAAAUGAUGUUCUCUGACUUGGUAGAAAGCCCCAGUGUCUCUCUCUGCAGUCGGCUACAUUUCCCUCACUCUUCCCGUUCUCCUCUCUGCGUCUCCAGCUAACUACCUGACCUUCCUGUUUUCUGUCUCAGAGAAGAUUAGCUUCUGUCAUUCUUCAGCUGAACUGGUGUGAUGGCUACCUCUGACUUGUUCUGACCAAUAUUUUUGAAUUAAUUCUUUUGUUAUUAUAGAAUAUAUCUCUCCAUUUCUACAACUGUGUAGCUGUGAGACAGAACUGAGACCAUGAUGUGAGACUAAAACUCACCGUUUGAAGCCAUGUUAAACCUGGAUUUAGCUCAAAUGCUCAUGAAGGCCAAAAGCAGAGGUUUUUGAUUGAACUUUUCCUUUAAUUAUUGAUUAAUUAAUUUACAUUUUGAGAAAUACUUUUCUUGGCUUUCUUGCUGAGAGUUGGAGAAGACUGAUGCCACUCUCAUGUCUAUGAGCCAAGUAUGGAGAAAUAGUCAGGAGAUGCCUCUCAGCUUUGAGGGAGACUGCUUUCUUUGAGUUGUCCACAGGUUAAAAAGACACCCACAUAAUUUAGGUCUUUAUACACGUUAAACAAACAAGAUAUAAGAUAUUUUGUUUGUUUAAGCAGUUAGAGCCAUGAUGUGUAAUAAAACAUUAAUUAUUGAUCUUUAUUACCGUAGAAACAGCCAGGCUCACUGUUUGUAGUCUUGAUGCUAAACCUAGCUGAUCGACUCCUGGCUGUAGCUUCAUAUUGAACACAUCCAUAGCAGUGGUAACAGUCUUCAAGAAGUUCAGAAGCAAGUUUCCCAAAAUGUCAAACUAUUCUUUUAAUGCCAGAAAAUAUAAGUCCUCUGGAGUAGAAAUCUCCUGAAGCAGCAUCUGAAUUAUCAAGCAACACUAAAAAAAAUCUUAGUAAAAACACGACAGCAGUAAAACAUUAUGCACCUUUAUCAAAAUAUCACACCAGUUCAAGUCCAAAGCCUCCUAUAGACCAGUUCUACUACAGGCAUCUCUCUGUAUAAACCUGACUCUGACCCUUCACCCCUAACUCUUCUUCAAGCCUUCAGGUGAGACCAAAGACUGACGGUGAAAAAGUUGUGUCCUUGAAAACUUUUGAGAGGAGCUCCAAAAUGUUUUUUUUUCCCCCAGACCUCGCUCAAAGACAGAACUUUUUCUGUGCACGGCUCUGGGUGGCGAGGCGGUGCAAUAUGCCGAGGCAAGACUGUGCUACUGCACUUAAACUAUACUAGCCAAAGACCGUGUUGAUUUAUACUGAUUCUGUGUAUGAUUUAUAUGAUAUUAUUAUGAAUGUUAUGUUGUUUUUCUUUCAGGAGGGAGAUGUAUUUGUACAGUUUGUGUUCUGUGUUGUAAAUGAGAGAUUCAAACCAAGUGAGGUUUGAUGAUAUGAAACAUUCGGAGAGAAGAAGCUUUUAGUAUUGUCUGUUGACAUGUUCACGUGCCUUGUUGGAUAGCAAUACAACUGAUCCAUGUGGAAAUAAAAGAAAUACCUCCUUGACAGAGUCUAGACGUUGGCUGACGACAGUUGUCUGGCUGUUUCUAGAAAUUUCCCAGCAGCACCUAAAGGUUCGCUUUCCCCGCGUGUAUAAGCUUUAUUCAAACCAAAUCCCAAGUUUGUCUGUUGAUUUACAGAUGCACUCCUAUUAUCAGUCCUGACUUACUGUAUGCACCAAACCAAUGUAUAAUUACGGCAACACACUAAAAAAUAAGAUACUAAAGAUUUGAAAAAAUAAAUUUGAAAAGUAAAUGCAGACUGA